AUACUUGCUUGAAGAAAAGAUGAAGGGAGACAUUCGAUAAUAUCUGGAGUUAUACCUUCCAUUGAUUCGGGAGGUAUACGACUUGCUGUGGAUAAACCUGCCAUCACACAGCCUAUAGAAGCAACCUGUGAAAAAUGUGUUGAAGUUGUACGUGUUCGUAUCCAAAAUCAUACAAGAUGGGCUCGGUUGAAAAUUAUAAAAUGACGAUGGAUUUCUACGACGAUAUUGAUAUAGAUUUCGGUGACAAGUUCGCUGUCGGUGAAGCCAUUCGACGUUUGGAAGGUGAAUCUAAGAAGAAGAGCUCUUCGUCGGAGAAAACGAGCCAUAAGAAGUCGAAAGUUCAAGUGGUGUUCGAAGAUGAAGUGGACCCCGACGAAUACGAAAUAUUCGAUUACUCAAGAACAGAUGAUGAUUUUAUCCAAACCGUCGACAGCAUAGCGCAAGAAGUUUCCGAAAUUACCGGAAACGCUAUGUUGAACGAGCAUCUAGAACAGCAAUAUAAAGAGACAAAUCCUUCCCCAUCGACAUCGAAAAAACCGCCGAAAUCGAGAUCUAAGAAAACCUCUCACAAACCGCCGCCGCCACCGACGAAAUCCGAACUGCGAAAAGAAAUGGGCCACGAUGUUGUUGGUGCCGAUGAGAAAGUUGCGUUUGGACGUAACAGAGGGAGCAAUGCACUCGUCAAAGCUCUCGAGCAACGAAGCCCAACAGUCGAAUCGCAAGUCGCCGUUAAAGAAGUCCACGCCGAAGCUGCCGAUGACGAAGUGCAAGUCCCAGAAAGGGACUACAAAAUGCAUCGAGUCAGAAAAUGGGUGGAAAACUUGAUGUCGAGCAGCGAAGACGAUUUUUACUCGGCGAAUAACUCGUCGUCAUCAUCGAGCUAUUAUAGCGCAACACCUGGUUCGGCAUCCGAGGCCGAAACUACGCGUCGUUAUCGAGCUACGUCCAAAAGAUUAUCUGUAGGAAAGGUCUCGACGUCUACGCCAAUAAGCGACGAGAAAGUCAAUUUCGCUUCAUCGAGUAGUUCGAAAAAAACGCCACCGCCUGCGAAGCCAACACCGAAAGCAGCGCCCCCCAAGAUAAAGAAAAGCCCAGAAAUCUACGUACCUGGGUCGUACAACCUCAAGUACGAAUAUAGACCGAACGACUUUCCCGCUAUUAAAUAAAUAAAGGCGAAUUCCCAAAUAGGUACAGCUUUAAUUCGAGGUAAAGAAAGGGAAGACGGUUUGACUUUGUAAAAUUCGUUCUGCUUUUUAAAUUGCUUCAUUUGGUGAAAUUCGGAUAGCCUUUGGGGAUCUUUUGGACAUCUUGAAGAAAUAAGGAAAAAUUACGUUUUGAUUUGAAAUUGAAAUACGAUAAAAAAAUAUGAACGUUCGUUUCAUUUUCAAAUCAACUCUAGCUGAUGCGUUUUUCUUUCUCGAUUGAGAAAAACUUUUUAGAUUCUUGAAAAAAUGAUUUUUUACUUGUGUGAGUUGUCAUGUUCAUUUUUCUGUGGUCAAAACCUCCACGCUCGUUGAGAUUCAUUUUUUUUUUUUUUUUUUUACAAAUUUUAUGAUAAUUCUGUUCAGAUUAUUCAAUACUUUUUUGUCCAAAGCAUCCCACGAGGCAGCUGAAUCGAUGAGAGCUGAAUUUCUUAUAAUUUGCAACUUGUGUUUGGACUCGUUAUUCACAAGAUUAUUGCUUGAUGGAAAAAAAAUUUCGAAAUGCCUCAGAAACGGUUCAAUAAAAAGUAACAUCGAACCCAAAAUUAUAUUUUUUUUUUAAAAAUUCUCAUUCAAAAUUGUUUCUUGAAUUUAAAAAAAAUAUAUAUUUCCUGGUAUUAAAUUUCACCUGAAUCGAAAUUAUGGUUUAAUGUUGUGGAACUCACGAGGAAUAAUUCUACCCAAACCGUCCUCCCUCUCCUCUACCUUUCAGUCGUCGUGGUUUUCUCGCUCCCCCCCCCCCCCCCAUUUGUCUCGUCCAUUAUUCGAAGAUUAGCUAAUUUUUUUCUCAAUAGUGUAAUUUUUCUUGUCAUCUUUUAUUCUAUUUUGAUUAUCGCUAUCGUUCUUGUUCGAAUUGAUCGAUGUUAUCUACUGUGUUAUUUCACAUCGUCGUUUAAUUUUGUUAAGACUGAAUGUAUUAUUCAAUCUGUUUAUAUUUACCUAUCGACUACGUGUUUAGUGUUAAUUUCAAUGUACGAACUUUGAUCUAUGUAUUUGGUUAAAAAUGGUUCGUAAACUAGUGCAGGAGAACUGCCUGCGUUAAAUGGCAAUUACUUUUGUCAAUUAAGUAAGUCUCGUGUUACCAAUUAACUUAUCAUUCCUUUUUUUAAAUCUUACUGACUUAGUCUGGAACUAUUAUUUUAGUUUUUUUUUCGUGUUUUAUCGCAAAAUUUAAUUCAUUUUUUUGUUAUUUUUGAUAUCUUGUAGGUAUCUACAUAUGUGUUUUGUAAGGUGUCUUAACUGUCCACCUUUGUGGCUAGUUGAAAAAUUAGCUAACAAUCGUUAUUUUAUCUGAGAUGGAUUAUUUCGUUUUUUUAAAGGUGUAAAUGGGCACCGAGCUCUCUAUUUUACGAAAGUUUCAGAUGUUUUUAGAAAUUUGUCGGUUUUUUUUUCCAGUUAGGAAAAUAAUUAAUUGUUUUUAUUUUAUAAAUAGCCAUAUAAAUGGCAAAAAUUGUUGGUACCAAGUGAUGGUAAAAUUUUUGAAUGUUUUUUCUUAUGUUUUUCUAUUUUCGAUUCAGAAAUUCGUUGUUUUUUUCUUGCUUGGAAAAUAAUUAAUUGUUUUUAAUUAACAAAUAGCCAUAUAAAUGGCUAAAAUUGUAAUACCAAGAGUGAAGAGAUGGGAAAAUUUUGAAUAAUUUUUCCUAUUUUUGUUUCGUUCUAAAUUGAACGAAUAUUGAUAUUUUUAUUGUUUAAAAAAAAAAAAAAGUAAAAUGAAACAGAAAAACGAGUCGAUAUGGAUUUGACAUGUUUUAUCGAAAAAUUUUUUAUUUUUCCUGUUCUUCGUUGACUUAUUUUUUGGGUAUCGUGAACAGGAUCAUUAUCUUUAUUAUACAUUCGGAUAAAUGUACAUUUGCAUUAAUUUAAUUGAAAAAAAAAAAAAUGGAGAUGUUAGUGUAGAUGAAUUUAAUGUUUUGAAUUGAUCGAUUGAAGCAUUUAUCAUUGAGAUAUUUUGGUUUGUGCAAUUCUCGAUUAAAUUAUACUGAGCCAUAAUUGUACAAAAAAAAAAAUAUAAAUAAGUUAAAUAAUUAAUUAAAUGAAUAAAUAAAUAAAUAGAAAAAAAUGAGAACGUAACUAUAAGUUUGGAUUAAGUAAUUCAACUUUGUAAGUUUUUCGAAAUGUUCAUUAUUGGCGAUGGAUUUAUGUUCUAAUUUAGAGAGUAUUUUACUCACCAACAAAAUAAUGUGAACUAUGUUUAUUUUUUCAAAAACUUGAAAAGAGAUCGUGUGAAUCUAGAUGUAUCGAAAGUUGAAUGAGAAUAAGUAUUUUUUUUCUUUUAUUACUUGUCGUUGAAUGAUUAUAAAUGAAUGUGAAAUAAUUUUUGUCAAGUUACAAAAUGAAUCGAACUUGCUAUUUGUUUCGAUUCAAUGUAAUGUUCUAAUGUGUAUUAUUUUGGUAUUUGAAAAGUACCUUCAGAUCAUGGGUAAAGAUUUAUUAAGGUUACUUACUACGUAUUUUGCUUGAAAUCAGAUUUUCACUCCUUGAUCCGCUUUCAUCGAUGUUGUUUUCUGAUUUUGAGUAAUUAAUUAAUUAUUUGAAUAAUAAAGUACCUGCGAGUACUUAUACUUACAUUUUUUAAAAAUAAUUAAACGGUGAAAUAAGUACCGAAUAUACACUUCUGUAUUUAGUUAUUUAUUUAUGUACUUAUUUGAGAAAUUGAAGUUCAUGUGAAUUGUUUAUGUGUGAUGAGGAACGUGCUGCAAUAUUAUUGCAUAAUAUAAAAUAUUUGAACUGAUUAAUAA